AAUCCUACCAAUGGGUUGAAACAAAAAGCAAGUUUAACAUCACGCUGGCCCGGCGCAUCCACCGUUUUAUUCGCUAGAAAAUUUAUAAGGUUUGAAAUUGUUGACCCAUUAUUUUUUUUCCGAUGUCUGAGGAUAUAUUUAAACCGCCAAAAUUCUAAAUUGAUUAGACGUAAAAUGAACAGAGUGGCGCUUUGUUUAUUAAUCGUGGUGGCUUGUGGUAGCUGCCUCAAACUUCCUUCCAGUUUCAAAAAAUGUGAUAAGAAGAGAACCGAUUUUAACCAGUGUUUAAGUGACGCUAUUCAUGGUGCUCUGAAAAUCCUGAAUAAACCGUUACCGUCAUAUGGUUUACCAAGUUUGUAUGACGUUACUCUCCCCGAAGUUAUCUCUUUUGGAAACCGUACCUACGGACUGCUACAGAAAUAUGAUCAUCUAAAAUUGAUAGGGCUCUCGAAACCUACAAAUAUAAACGCUAAAAUGGAUUUUGGUCCUGUGACCAGUACUUUGACAAUAGAAGCGUCUUAUUCUCAACUUACUUACUUAGCUGAUUGCGACUUUCAAGGUACUAUUGUUCUGCUACCUGUAAACGUACAAACACUUGCCGAAUUCACGUUCGUUGAUCCAGCGUUCACCUUUAGUUUUGAACUGGAAGAGUACGAGAAAGGUACUACUCACUUUAGGGUGAUCAAUUCCAAACUCGACAGACAAAUACGAGAUUUUAAAUUUGACUUUAAACAGUUGUUUUCCAAUAAAAUUCUAAAUGAAGAGUUUAAUAAUGCUAUGGAUGCAAAAGGGGAGCAAAUAUUUGCUCUUUUUAAAGAUAUUGAUCAAGCGAUGUUCUCCCCCUUGUUUGGUAGGAUGUUUAAUGCUUUUUUGGAAAAAGUUCCCGUUAAUGAGCUCUUCGAUUGAUAGAUUUUCAUUGAAACUUUGUUAAAGCUGCACAAUUUGUAAUCGAGUAAUAAAAGAAUGUAUCAAAUUG